GCGCAAGUAUUGAAUUCAUUUUUAUUUAUAAAUAAGCAAAGGCAACGGAAUCGCAAAUACAAAUGCAAAUCGCCGACGCAAAGCCCAACGACGAAUGAAUUGACAAUGACAAAGAGUAUUAAACGUAUCAGUCUCCGUCUCGGUCUCCGCACUUCUAGUAGUUAUGGGGGUAUUCUCCUAUCCCAUGUGAUAUUAGCUUGUAUCUCAGCAGCGAUCAGCACGCCCCCCUCAUGCGGCCUAUACGGCGCGCCGCCUUGCCAAUUCCUGCCAGCGCCGCCGGGACAGACACCCAACUGCGCCAGGCCCGGCAAAACCUACUGCGAGCACGUCGAUAACUAUCCCACAUAUCUCAUUAAGAGUCUCGUACGCAAGUGGGGCUACGAGGCGGCCUCUUUGCUGGUCGACGAGACCUGGGAGGAAUUCUCGGCCGUUGCCUGGUCGGACACGCCCGUGUUCUACGAUCCGAAGUCCAUCUUUCCGCAGCGCGAGUUUGCUAACGGGCAAGAUUUCAACGGCUACAGCUAUCAGACGCCCUUUGGCGGUGUGCCACAGCGCGGUGCAGGCAAUUCUCUCUUCGCAUCCAACCCCACAACAGAUGCGCCCACGUACCUACUGUACACCUCGUCGGCCAAUCGUGGGGGCUUUCGCACGGGCGGUCAGCAACACGGCGGACAGUCUGGAUCCGGCACUGGAACGAGGCAUUUGUACUACAGCAAUGGCAAGACGCCCUACAAUGCGACGCUCUGGUUGAAGCGUAUCGUGCGCGACUUGAGUGUUAAGCAGAAGGCCAUUCAGGCAGAGCAAUCAGAGAUGCAGCAGCUUAAGGAGCAGGCCGUGAAAAUGGCAAAGGAGGCGAGCGAACAGCAGGAGGUAGAGCGGAAGCAGGAUCAGCAGGAGGAGCGGGAGGAGCAGCAUAAACGCAGCAUGCGUGAUGUAUCGCUCAACAUGGAUCUCUUAGAUAUUGUGGGCGUCAGCGACAACAACAGCAAUACAAAAAAUAAUGAAAAAUCGCGAAUCAAACGACAAAGUCCGUCGCGUUCCACACUUUGCGAAACGACAUCGCAGUUCAUAACACCGCAAGCUGCUCUCAAUUCCCGGGGCAAUUGGAUGUUUGUCGUCAACGAGGAGAACACCGCACGUCAGAUGGUCAAGGCGGAGCUUUGUGCCUCAAACACAUGCUCGAACCUGUGCGAUCUGCCCAAUGGCUACAAUUCCAGGUGCGAGCAGAAGUUUGUACAAAAACGUUUAAUAGCGCUUCAGGGCAACGGCCAAAAUCUCUACACGGACACGUUCUGGUUUCCCAGUUGCUGUGUCUGCACUAUAGCCGCCAAUUAGGCAGCCACGUACGUACUACGUAGCAGGAGCCAGACGCACAACGACGACAGAGAUAGCAACAACAGCGACAGAGAGAGCGACAGAGCGAGUCCUAUUCACACAUCCGAGUAGCCAUUCACUGUAUCGAGUAUUGAAAUUCGAUAUGAACACGAUUUUUGCAGCAAAUAAUUGAUAAUUAAAUUUUAAACAAGCACACACACAUGCACAAUGUCAUAUGCACACCCACACACACGCCCAAGC